AUGAAGGACCGCCAUGGCAUUCCUGAGGCCAUCUACAAGCCAUUUAAGGUUGGUGACAAGGUCUGGUUGGAGGGCAAGAAUCUCAAGUCAGUACGGCCAAAGGCGAAACUUGAUGCCAAGCGGCAUGGGCCGUUCACUAUCACAGAGGUCCUCGGCAACCCGGAGACCACCAUCAACUUCCGUCUUGAUAUUUCUAAAACUUGGAAGCAGAUUCACCCAGUCUUCCAUGCUCAACUCCUCACCCUAUACAUAGAGAUGCUAGAACACAGCCGCAACUACACGGAGGAACUGCCCGAGUUGGUCUGA